GGCGGAGUAACAGCAACCACUGAGAAGGAGGAUCGGUGGAAAAUGUAUAGACAGGCUAAUUGUAACGUUCUAAUGUGCAGGAGUAGCGUUCAAAGUUUAGAGCGCAAGAUUACAGAACAGAAGCUUGGACAUUGUAAGCGCUGGACGGUCAUGACGAAUGAGAAUCUGUGGCGAUAACAAGGUUUCAUCUGUUUCCACUCUGCAUCCUCGGAUACGUUACGCGCGUGUGUAUUCGUUUAAUUUCAAGAAUGUGUGUGAUACAGAGUGCGAGGAGUACUAUAGUGCGAGGACCGUAAUGACACUAAUGUCUAAUUACAAUCUAAAGUUGUAAAAAUGCACGCAGCUACCAGCCUCUCAAUGGUCAGUUUGCUAAGUUUUGGCUACCUAUCCAUGGAAUGGAUCAAGCCGAAUAAAGUGGAGGAGCACACUCAAAACGAUCCCUCUAUUACGUUUGAGCCCAAACAACCACCACACAUCAUAUUCAUACUGACGGAUGACCAAGGCUUCAAUGACAUAGGUUACCACAACCCGGACAUUCGUACUCCAACUCUAGACAAACUGGCCUCCGAAGGGGUGAAGCUGGAGAAUUAUUACGUUCAACCUAUCUGCACUCCGUCACGCAGUCAGCUGAUCACGGGCAGAUACCAGAUCCACACAGGCCUUCAGCAUUCCAUCAUCCGGCCUCGACAGCCCAACUGCCUCCCACUGGACAUGACCACACUCCCACAGCGACUGCAGGAAGCAGGGUACGCUACUCACAUGGUGGGCAAAUGGCAUCUUGGCUUCUACAGGAAGGAGUGUCUGCCCACACGCAGAGGCUUCCACAGCUACUUUGGCUCUCUGACGGGCAGUGUGGACUACUACACGUAUGGUUCCUGUGACGGACCAGGCCUGUGUGGCUACGACCUCCACGAGGGGGAGACCGUGGCCUGGGGCCGUGGAGGCAAGUUCUCCACCCACCUCUACACGCAGAGGGUACGCAAGAUCCUGUCCACUCACGACCCGUCCCGCCAGCCCCUCUUCAUGUUCCUCUCCCUCCAGGCUGUCCACACGCCCCUUCAGUCACCCAAGGCCUACAUCUACCCCUACCGCGGGAUGGGGAACGUAGCCAGAAGGAAGUACGCAGCCUUGGUGUCCAUCGUAGACGAGGCUGUACGCAAUGUCACCUACGCUCUGCGCAAGUACGGCUACUAUCGCAACAGUGUGCUCAUCUUCUCCACUGACAACGGUGCCCAGCCGUUCACUGGGGGGAGUAACUGGCCCCUACGGGGACGUAAGGGGACCUACUGGGAGGGAGGUGUCCGUGGGGUGGGCUUCGUACACAGCCCACUGCUGCGUAACAAGCGGAGAGUCUCCAAGGCCCUCAUGCACAUCACUGACUGGUAUCCAACCCUGGUGGGUCUGGCUGGGGGUAAUGUGUCACUGACUGAGGGUCUGGAUGGCUACAAUGUGUGGCCAACCAUUAGUGAAGGCAAAGAGUCUCCACGCCUGGAGAUACUCCAUAACAUUGACCCGCUCCAUCGGCGCACUGGCCUGCCCCCAUCUGGUUCUGGGCAGGAGGCCCAGCAUUUGUGGGACACCACAGUCCAGGCUGCCAUCCGGGUGGGGGACUGGAAGCUGCUAACAGGGGACCCGGGCCAUGGAGACUGGGUCCCACCACAGGUACUGGCCAACUUCCCCGGCAGCUGGUGGACCCUGGAGCGGAACACUGGAGGAACAGGGAAGUCUGUGUGGCUCUUUAACAUCACAGGAGACCCCUAUGAACGCAGUGACCUGGCGCUGCAGAGGCCUGAUGUGGUCAAACAGCUGUUAGCACGUCUGGCCUACUACAACCGCACUGCCGUCCCGGUCCGGUUCCCAACUGACGACCCCCGGGCCAACCCAGACCGCAACGGGGGAGCCUGGGUACCCUGGGUCGGGGGGGACGAAGACGAGCAGAAAUGGAACGGGGUCUACAAAAAGGGGAGGAAUAAAAGGAAGAAGAAAUGCAAGCUGGGUAAACUGAGAUCCUUUUUCAAGAAACUGAAUACAAGGAUAAUGUCCAAUAGAAUAUGAGCUGGGAAAGUGAAUGACACUCAGUCACAUGUAGCCUUUAUCAGGGUUGGGUAGGUAACUUUCUACAUGUAUUCCGUGACUCCCCAAUCCUGCCUAAACAUUUAACACUGCAACAAUAUUCUGAGCCAGCAAUAUCCGUUUUCACACCUGUGUGUGCUUGUGAAAAGGGAACAUGAUAUUUACUAUUGUGCAUCUCUUUGUCUGUGCCUUUAGAUGUUUUGGGAUGUAAGACUAUUGUGUUCUAUGGUAUUUGUUAAAUGUUCCACUACAUCUAUACGUAGUGUGUAGCUAAGUGAAUUGAACAUGCUGCAUGUAUACUUUGACCUACUCAACUGUGGGUUAAUGGACUACUAAUUAACUGACCGGUUAUGGGAAUGUUUUUGAGAAUGUCUAAGAAAUGAAACAACUUAUUUUUUGUUGUUGUUGAUAACCACAGAAAGUAACGUCAGAUUCUUUACUUCUUUGUGAAAACCAAAGAAACUACCCACUGGGAAAAAACUGGUUGAGGCAAUGUUGUUUCCACGUCAUUUCAACCCCCCAAAAACCGAUGUGAUGAUGUUGAUUCAACGUAGAAAACUCAUUGGAUUCACAAUAAAUCAUCAGCAUAAUUUCAUUUGGUCUUUUUUACACCCAACCUUUAACCUAAACCCAAUGACACGGUGACAUUUGUUGUUGAAUUCACAUUAGUUGACAACUCAACCAAGUAUAAAUCAAAGCUAGAUGUUGAACUGACGUCUGUGCCCAGUGGGUAAUACCAUAUUCCUCUAAAUGUCUUUGUGAUAACCACAGAAACUAACAUCAUAUUCCUCUAUAUGUCUUUGUGAUAACCACAGAAACUAACAUCAUAUUCCUCUAUAUGUCUUUGUGAUAACCACAGAAACCAACAUCAUAUUCCUCUAAAUGUCUUUGUGAUAACCACAGAAACUAACAUCAUAUUCCUCUAUAUGUCUUUGUGAUAACCACAGAAACUAACAUCAUAUUCCUCUAUAUGUCUUUGUGAUAACCACAGAAACUAACAUCAUAUUCCUCUAUAUGUCUUUGUGAUAACCACAGAAACCAACAUCAUAUUCCUCUAAAUGUCUUUGUGAUAACCACAGAAACCAACAUCAUAUUCCUCUAAAUGUCUUUGUGAUAACCACAGAAACCAACAUCAUAUUCCUCUAAAUGUCUUUGUGAUAACCACAGAAACUAACAUCAUAUUCCUCUAAAUGUCUUUGUGAUAACCACAGAAACUAACAUCAUAUUCCUCUAUAUGUCUUUGUGAUAACCACAGAAACCAACAUCAUAUUCCUCUAAAUGUCUUUGUGAUAACCACAGAAACUAACAUCAUAUUCCUCUAUAUGUCUUUGUGAUAACCACAGAAACCAACAUCAUAUUCCUCUAAAUGUCUUUGUGAUAACCACAGAAACCAACAUCAUAUUCCUCUAAAUGUCUUUGUGAUAACCACAGAAACUAACAUCAUAUUCCUCUAUAUGUCUUUGUGAUAACCACAGAAACCAACAUCAUAUUCCUCUAAAUGUCUUUGUGAUAACCACAGAAACUAACAUCAUAUUCCUCUAUAUGUCUUUGUAAUAACCACAGAAACUAACAUCAUAUUCCUCUAUAUGUCUUUGUGAUAACCACAGACAUCCUCACCUUUUUACUUCUUUGUGACACCCUCAUCUUGACAACAGACAGACAGACCAUUGGUGGAUAUGAAGGUAUGUCAUCCUACUUUGGUAGGCAACUGUGCACAACCUAAUGGAAACUGAAAGGAAGAGUGUUAGUGAAAUUAUAUGUCUUGAAGUUAUUAUCUUAAGACUGCUCUCGUCAUGUCACAAAAGUCUGUAGAAGGUUGUAAAGGGGCCGUGCUGAUAGUGGAUUUUCUCCAACCGAAACCAUUCAACUCUGUAGUAAAUGAUUGAUUCAGAAAUCUACCAAGAAUGUAAUCAGGCCUCAGCAGGGAAUUUAAAAACAAAGGUCUGUCUGGCCUUCCUAAACACAGCUAGGGUCUACUCUAGGGUUCCCCAACUGGUGGCCCACGGGCCGAAUUUGUCCCGCAUGUGGUUUUAUUUGGCACCCCAAGUAUUCUGAGCCAAUAUAUAUAUAUAUAUAUAUAUAUAUUUAGAAUUUUGUUAUCUAUCUUUUUACAUUUUCUUUUACUGUUGGACAUAAAAUACUGUGAAAACAUCAGACAAUCAACUCGAAGUGGUUUUCAUUAUGGAAAUCUGUUCCAAAGUAUUGCAACGCAUAAUAGAGAAGAUAUAUGUGAUUGUAUACAAAUGUAAAAGCAAGGUUUGAAAUGUAAAUGUUUUAGUCAAAUAUUAAAUC